AUGGAUUCUACGGCGGCCCGGCCAGGUGGCGACGCUCACGCCCCUUCCGCAACGACCUCUGGCCCUGCCCUACACUCUUCUAGCGACGCAUACAGCCCUGGAGGCCCUGCGGAUCGACAGCUAGCUGAGCAGACACAGGUAGCGGCAUCAGAGCAGCAGGCGGGGCCGCAGAUGCAGGUGCAGACGCAGCCGCAGUACUAUCCCUCCUACGAAGCCGCCCCACCUCCACGGACGUCCUUCCAAUCCACUACGACGACUGCACCCUCUGUUCAGCCUCCGAUGUCUACCUACAGUAGGCAUGACGAGUCUCCUCCACCUCCUGAACUAGGCGCAGAGGAGGCGCAUGACGAUUCGCAGACACAAAGGCGGCAGGCCUCCAACACCUUGCACAUCGAAGCAGAACAGGAGGACCAUGAGGCCGGAUGGGGACUGCCGCAGCCUGUUCAGCAACCCGUGGUGCGCACUUUGUGCCUUCCGUGCGCCUGGUGCCUCGGAAUCUGCAACAAGGGAAGCACUUACGGAUGUUUGUUCUGA